UAAAUACGUUUAUUUAUACUUUCCGUUAUUAUUACAAUGUCAACGUUAGAAUGAUAAGGUUAAAACUAUUACACGCUUAGAAAAUUGUAUUUCAGAUUUCAACGUAUUGAACAGUCGACAUAUUUCGACACUUUAAUGCAGUAAAAAACAUUUGAAAUGUGUAUUUCAUUUCUCAUUUUACAACUAAGACUCACAAGUAGUAGUACUGCAUGAGAUUAUAAUGUUCAUGCUAUUUCUGUUCAUAUUUUCCAUUGCAAUCUAUUGUGUUGAAGGGGAUGAAACUAAACAAUCGGAAAAAGGAGAUUGCGAUAAGGAUAGGCCUCCCAUAGUCAUCCAGCCUGUAAUCAUCAAAUUAUAUAGAUAUCCGAAAACUAUCGGACAAUCUAUCGAAAACUUGGAACGUGAAGUAUAUAAGUCAAGAAUUGGCUCUAACAUUAAACGGCGAAGACCUCGACUUAGACAUUUUCAGACAUUUAAUACAAAAAAAUAAUAAUUAAAGAUUUUUAUAGCUAAUUAAUUUAAUUGGUUAUAAAUUUUUCUUCCUUCUGAUAAAAAAAUAUUAAAACCGGCUAAUAUAAAAGCUGUCUUUAUUUAAAUUUAAUUAAACAAUUAAUUGAACUUAUUUAUUUUAUUGGUCGGCCAUUAUUUUGCCAGAAACAACUGCAAUACCAGGUGGGUUGCCGGCGUUUCCAGAAAUUGAACAAUCGUUUUUGGAGCAUUAUAAUAUAAUCAAAACAUUAAAUUAAAAACUAAGAAAAAAAAUGUAUUUUUUACACGGCACUACAGAUUCGGAAAAUGAAAGAAGGUUUACAAAGAUAUCUAUCUACCUACUCAAGUUUGUUAAAAAAUUACGAUCUUUACAAUUUUUUCUCCUUUUUACAAAAAAAAAUUAUUUAGCCUGUCUAAAUAUUAAGGGUUCCGAAAUUUGUACUGUAAUAAUUUUUAUUGGAGGUUGUUCUUAAUAUUUUAUAUACAAGUAUAUUGAAAAUUUGUAGUACAUAGGCAGUAUGUAGGAAAUAGGCUUAAAUUUAUAAAGACUGAAAUGGCGCGCACCAGCUUGCAUAAUAGCACAGGUGUAUUAAAGCAUUGGCGUCAAUCGGUUACGAUUUUCGCUAUACGAGCUUUGUAUUGUUCUCUGCGUAAGUGGGUGCGAAAGACGCGCGACGAAAGACAUUUGUGGCAUUGCAAAAAAUCAAAGAAAAUGACGAACAAAUGGAUUUUAAUGGCAUUAUGUGCUCUAACAAAAAUAUCAACGGCGUCGAUCACUGGAGUCACCUAUAGGGAUAACUUCGAUUUUGAGGAACGUUACUACAACCCUAAUGAAUGCAACCCUUUCUACUGGCAUCCGCUCCACUUACCUGAAGAUUGCGCAGAAUUGUUAUCAAAAGCUAUAAGAAAGAAAGCCUACGGACCGGUGAGGUUCAUGAUGACCAAACCUAUUUAUGUACCUAGACAACCACCCGUGUCAAACCACCAAUCACGUUCACGCACCAGAUGCAGUCCUGAUGAAAGUGAUGAUGGAAUAGACGGUUGCAACCCAAUAAUUAUACCUAAAUUCGAGUCAGAAAUAUACCAAAUAGAUGACUAUUAUCCAAGAAGAAGAAACCCGCUUAGCCCAUAUGAGCAAAUGUUGGAAAACCUGAGAGAAGACAUCAGCUACUUGCCCACGGCGCCGAAGAUCGCCCCAGUCCCUGGUUACGGCCCUGUCGCCUUUUACCAACAGCCUAUAUCAAAGACAAGUAAAAAUAUGAUACUAGAAAUAGCAAAAAUAUACGGAAAAUACAGUCGACGGCAACAAAAUUCAUAUUCGUAUCCGUAUCCGCAGUACGAGACGAUACUAAAAGUGGAAGAAAAAGACACCAACGGUGACAAAAACAAAGAAAAUGUUGAAAUUGUUUAGGUGUUCAUGUUGACUGUCCUUGCUGGUAAAUCGUCUCCUUCCAUCGAUGGCCUGACGUACAUGGACGACAUGGAAUUGAAACCGAGCAAACCCAGCAAUGAUGAAUGCAAAUCACUGUACUGGUAUCCUAAGGGAAUCCCAGACCACUGCUAUAACAAAGACAUUUUGCCGCCAGAACCUAGCUCCAGUUCUACUCCAAUUCCUGUCCCUAUCCCAGUACAAUUACCUCCGGUCGUUGUUCCCAUACCGGUACAAGUUCCUCCCAUAGUUAUGCUUCCGCCAUACGUCCCUCCUGCUCCGCCUCUCGUACCUAUACUUCCACCACUUCCACCACCAAAGGGUUGCUAUUGUCCCCCGUGUCUCGUCCCAAUAAUUCCAGUGCUGCCCCCGCCGCCCCCUCCUAACCCUUGUCAGUGUCCGCCCUGCCCCCCCUGCCCGCCUCCGCCUCUACCUCCACCUGUUAUAUACCUUCCAACUUUUGUACCAGUACCUGCAAAUACAUAUCCCUUAUUACCCCCCAUUCUACCUCCUCCAAUUCCACAGCCAAUGGUGCCUGUUAUCCCUGGAUAGUCACUCCAGACGGCUGCAUAAAUCUAGAAAAUAUAUUGCUUAGUUUUCGAAUUUUAGAUUUGAAUAUAGUACCUACCUACCAAUUUUAAUGUCGAUAAAAGCUAACUUGUAUACAACACAUAACACUUAUAAAAUCAUAUUUAAUCAAAACAUUUAAAAUAUUGAAAAUUGGUAUUUGUAAAUGAUUCAAUGCUAACUUUUAAAUUUCCAACUCUCUAACAGCUACUUUUAACUUUCCUCUUUGAGAAAUAUUGAAUCACUUACUUUUACUUCAUUUCAGUCAAUUAGGUUUAAUACUGCGUGAAAGCAAUAUUCGACAAUUCUAUUCGACUAUAUUCGAGAGUCUUUUCAAAAAAUUGUAUUUAUUACUUGAAAAGAAAAUUACUUCCUUUAACUUAGUGUUAAAUGAAGAAAAAAAUAAACCUUUUAUAUGUAUUUAGCUUUCGCCAGAACAGCACGAUAGUCCGCUUCAACAAAACUUGCGUCCUGUACUUCACCCUCUUAAUUAUGGUAUAUCCAAAAUUUACUAACUUUAGGUCCAAUUUCAUCUGUAUUAGUCAAGUAGCUUUCAAGAAUUGUGAGAUGAUUGCCGCUUUCAUAUUUGUGAUGAAACUCUUUUAAAUUAUUUAAAUGUUCUAUUUUGUUUAUAAAAAGCAAAAAUAAUUUUCAUAACUAUUUAUUAAAAAACGUUGCUACACAGAAGUUUACUACAAGCAGUCGAGUUCUUUUGUUUUUGUUUGUGAAACACCUUACUUUUCAAACUUUUUAAAAAUGCUCAAAACAUAAGCACCUAAUUUUAUAAUAAUUUUUAAACUUUCGUGUUUUGAACACAUGACGGGACUCAGCACGAACUUUUUACUUAAUCUAGCUUCUGCUUCAAAGGUACGUACUAAGUCCCGUUAAUAUAGAUCUAAUUAUAUUGUUUUUGCUUUAAAUAUAAUUGUCAUAAGUAUAUUUUAUUACAGAUACU